GCUUCCUAUUGGCUGUUGCGGGAGGAGUGGGCGUGUCGGUGUUUGGCCACGCCCCCCUCCCCGCGCGGCGGGCCCGCCAUGGAGCUGGGGGAGCUGCGGAGGCGCUACCGGGGGGACACCGAGGCGUUCGAGGAGCAGCAUUUGGUGUCCCUGGACCCCCUGGAGCAGUUCCGGGCCUGGUUCCAGCAGGCUCUGGAGUGUCCCGACAUCGGAGAGCCCAACGCCAUGUGCCUGGCCACCUGCAGCAGGGAUGGGAAGCCCUCGGCGCGGAUGGUGCUGCUGAAGGGCUUCGGGCAGGACGGAUUCCGCUUCUUCACCAACUACCAGAGCAGGAAGGGCAGGGAGCUGGAUUCCAAUCCCUUCGCUUCCCUGGUUUUCUACUGGGAGCCGCUCUGCAGGCAGGUGCGCAUCGAGGGCUCGGUGAAGCGGCUGCCGGAGGAGGAAUCCGAGCGCUAUUUCCACUCCCGGCCCAGGGGCAGCCAGAUCGGGGCUCUGGUCAGCAGGCAGAGCUCCGUCAUCCCCGACCGCGAGUUCCUGAGGAAGAAGAGCGCGGAGCUGGAGGAGCUCUACCGGGACACGACGGUGCCCAGGCCGGAAUAUUGGGGCGCGUACAUCGUGGAGCCGGAGGUUCUGGAGUUCUGGCAGGGUCAGACGAACCGGCUGCACGACCGCAUCGUGUUCCGGCGCCUGCGGGACCGCGCGGCGCCGCUCGGGGCCAUGACCCACCCUGCCCACGGCCACUGGGUCUACGAGCGCUUGGCCCCCUGAGCCCGGCCCUGCAACUGCCCCAAAUCCACCUCCAAUUAGUGCCAGUGGUUAAUUAAUUGUGUUAAUGAUUGUGUAGGGUCUGGCUGUGACCCCUGUGACCCCCCUGUCCCAUCCCUGUCCCUGUCCCAUCCCUGUCCCAUCCCUGUCCGUGUCAUAUCCCAGGAAAUGGAUUUGGAGCUGCCCUUAUCCCGGUGUGUUCCCAAAUCCACCUCCAAUCGCUGCUGGUGGUUAAUUAAUUGUGUUAAUGAUUGUGCAGGGUCUGGCUGUGACCCCUGUGACCCCCCUGUCCCAUCCCUGUCCCAUCCCUGUCCCAUCCCAGGAAAUGGAUUUGGAGCUGCCCUAAUCCCGGUGUGUUCCCAAAUCCAUCUCCAAUUGCUGCCAGUGGUUAAUUAAUCAUGUUGAUUAAUUAUCACAUUAAUUAAUUGUGUUAAUGACUGUGCAGGGUCUGGCUGUGACCCCCCUGUCCCAUCCCUGUCCCUGUUCCAUCCCUGUCCUGUGCUGGGAAAUGGAUUUGGAGCUGCCCUUGCCCUGGUGUGUUCCCAAAUCCAUCUCCAAUCAGUACCAAUAGUUAAUUAAUGGUGUUAAUGAUCGUGCAGGGUCUGGCUGUGACCCCUGUGACCCCCCUGUCCCUUCCCUGUCCCAUCCCUGUCCGUGUCCCAUCCCUGUUCCUGUCCCAUCCUGGGAAAUGGAUUUGGAGCUGCCCUCGCCCUGGUGUGUUCCCAAAUCCGUCUCAAAUCAGUACCAGUGGUUAAUUAAUUGUGUUAAUGAUUGUGCAGGGUCUGGCUGUGACCCCUGUGACCCCCCUGUUCCUGUCCCUGUCCCAUCCCUGUCCCUGUCCCAUCCCGGGAAAUGGAUUUGGAGCCACCCUCAUCCCGGUGUGUCCCUAAAUCCAUCUCCAAUCGCUGCCAGUGGUUAAUUAAUCAUGUUGAUUAAUUAUCACAUUAAUUAAUUGUGUUAAUGACCGUGCAGGGUCUGGCUGUGACCCCUGUGACCCCAUCCCUGUCCCUGUCCCAUCCCUGUCCCAUCCCAGGAAAUGGAUUUGGAGCCACCCUCAUCCCGGUGUGUCCCUAAAUCCAUCUCCAAUCGCUGCCGGUGGUUAAUUAAUCGUGUUGAUUAAUUAUCACGUUAAUUAAUUAAUCGUGUUAAUGACCGUGCAGGGUCCCGCUGUGACCCCCCUGGCCCUGUCCCGCCGCUCUCCACGUUUUCUCUGGAAUGUGCUCAAUUCCCAAGUCCCUCUUGCUGUUAAUUAUUUAAUUAAGUUAAAUGGUGCCGCCCCUGCCUGGCCCCGCCCCUGGGAAAAAAUAAACCGGGAUUUCUGUGGCG